GGCGGCAGAGAGCAGGUCCAGCUUCAGUGACGCAAUGGCGGCGCCGAAGGCCAGAGACUGACGUCACAAUGUCUGCGCCGCCUCCCCGCUAAUGGAUUCCGCCACCCGGCUCAGGUCGCUGGGCGGCAGCGCGGCGAGACUUGCGCUUUCCAGCACGAUAAGAAGAGCCUUGUCAGCUCAGACCAAUGGCGAGGUCCGUAUUACAGCGAUUUUAAGAACAAAUUUUCCACGUGCUUCAGCAGUUAAAGUUGUGGAUAUUUCAGGAGGAUGCGGGGCCAUGUAUGAAGUCCAUGUGGAAUCAAUCGAGUUUAAAGGAAAGCGAAUUGUCCAGCAACACCAGAUGAUUAAUCAGGCAUUAAAAGAUGAAAUCCAAGCCAUGCACGGGCUGAGGAUAUUUACAACUGUUCCAAAAUAGUCAGAGGUACGUGAUGGAGGAGAGGAUUGUCGGUAGAAUGAAGCAGACAACGGACUGACAAACACUCAAGUUACGCAAUAAACGCACAACAGGGACGAAGAGAACUUGUGGUGGGUCAGGGAAGUCUUCCUGGCUGCUGAAUAUCCCAGGAUUACCUCAAAUCAUCGCUCUUUUGUCCUUGAGCUUGAAUGCUGUUCAAGAACCCCCUCAGGAUUUUGAUAUUGAAUGAUUCCAGAUCUUUUAAAGUAACCUUUAGAAAGAAAGUAUUAUAAGACAGAAUGAGGUCUUGUGGCAAAUGGUGAAUGAGUCAUGAUCUUUGUGCUGCCGACAAAAGAAUUCAAGUCAGGAGGGCUUGGAAGUGCUGGCAAUACCCAGCAGGCGAAUUAGUUUUUGAAAAGGGCAAAUGCAGGAUGGGGUUUCCCUUAUAGAACUGUAACAAAGUGGGUGUGGCAUAUCUUGGAAAAGCCACGAGUGAUGUUGCUGAUUCGUAUCAUGAGUUUAAUAUUCCACAGACUAGGCUAUUAAACUCGUUAACAGGAUCUAGCAUUCUCGACUCCUUGCCUUAGACUUUGUUGCUCUUCUUGCACCCUGUUUUUAUAAAGGGCUUUGCCUGGCUGCCAGUGCUGGCUUCAAAGCUUACCCAGGCUUUUCUCCUUUCAAAAGCUGUUCAGCCUGCUGGUAGUAAUGGCUAUUUUGUCAAAAUUAAGAUUGCUAUCACUGUGGUCGACUUCUAUUUCAGCGAGUUGUAUUGGUGUUAUAUCAGGCUGAGACAUUGAGGCGCACACACUGCCUACUAUUUCUUCAUUAGGACAGUGGCGCUGUUGGGAAAUGAAUUUCAUUCUGCUCUCGCCAUCCUGCAAACAGCAGAGGCCCAGGAGCAGAUCACCGCCCUCCUGCCUUGACAUUGCAGGAUGGGGAAAAUGUUUUCAGCUGUCGUCAUGGCCUCCAUUAGUGUAGCCACAGGGCUGACCCCAAGAGCAGACAGAGUCACUGUCUACUGGAGAGAAGAGGGUAAAAUUAGAAACAGUGUUAGCUUCUGAAUUGUUUUGGCAUUUUUUAGUUUUAUAGAUGGCUGCAGCGGUUUUUAAUUAGUUUUAAUAUUAAUGAUUAAUCUGUCAAAUGCCGAUCUCUGUGUCAGCAAAUGAGAUGGAGCGUUCUGUUUCUUCAGGGCAAGGAUUAAAAUGUGCACUAAUACUAAAAAUGAUUCCCGAGAGGAUUACUUUACAGUCGAUAGUGUUGAAAUGUCCGCAAACAUUUUGUUUUGAAAGCAGGUGGCAAAUGCAGCAGCUGUUCUGCACCAGCCAAAUCCCACAAUCAUCAGAGAGCUGAAUGCCCAAUUAAUCUGUUUCUCUGUUGGAGAAAUAAAGCCAGCCAGGGCACUUCGAAGAGUGUCACGGGCUAUUUAAGAUCCACCUUAAUGGGAUGUGGAUUUAACAUCUUGUCCAUGGAAUGGAGCCUCCCAGCACAGCAAUGAGCCCUCAGUGCUGCACUCUGACGUUUGUUUGUUCGCGUAUUUGAGCCCACAGUCUUCUUACAGUUUUCUAACCUCUGGUUAUAAUUUAGAAAAAGGAAAAGUCAGGCAUCCUUAAGUUCAAUGCUGAACAAAACUUGUUAGCAAGGAACUGACCUUACUGUGAGUCUCGAGUUUAAACCUUUGAUGCAAACCAUCAGCCAUUGUCAUAUCUUAUUUGUGUGUGUGUGUUUCUUUCACUCAUCUUCUGGUGUGAUGGUGGAAUUUCCAACCUUGGUUAGUUAGGCCAGGCAGUAUGGACAGGUGCCUUUACUUAAGGCAUAUGUCUUCCUUAGGGAGUUUAUUCAAAAUUUUACUUCCUUUACUUUAUGAUUGGAGUAUUUAGUGCAGUUCUGGUACACAGCCUCCAGAGGCCACUGUUGUUAAACAGCUGAACAAAUUUUGCCUUUUGUUUACCAGUGUGCUGGAUCUGCAUAAUCUCCACACCAUACAGCAAAGGUUAAAAAUCAGCAAUAACGGAUAUGCUUUGCUUGAAGAACCAAGGGCUGUCCAUAACUUGCAGCAACAGAAUAUCUUAAACCAUUUCUACUGCAAAGCUGUUUUCGUAAUUGUAACCCAGCAUGUGGGAGAGGACUGAUGCUGCAGUGGGUUGCACACUCUUCAUUACUGGGAUUAAAUCUAACACUGACUGAUUGAAUGAAAGUCCCUCUACUGGUUUUAACACUUCAAAUCAGUUUUUGGUGAGCUCAGUACAGUUCCUACAGGGUGGGAGUCAACAGCUUAAGGCAAAUUGCCCAUAAAUUAGGACAAAUGGACUAAAUUAGCAACCUUUGGUGUGGCUCUAGCAUUCGUUGUUCUUAAUUGUGUUCACCAGGGCAUAGACCCUCCAAAUCAAAUUUGUACAGUGUUGAGGUUAAUAACACAGACAAGUUCAUAAUCAGUGUGUCAUGAUAUGUGUUGGACUGAAUGAAGAGUUUAUUGACCUAGUGAUGUAUUUUUAUCCUUCCCCAUAUGCAAAUACCAACACAUGGUUCUAUAUGUUUAUAACUCCCAUAUUAAGUUGUUUUGACAUUUAUAUUUUCCAUCUAUAACCUCCCCCUGCCCUCACUGUAUUUCCAAAAAUAUCCCUUAAAAGCCACCUUCACGAUGCCUUUGUCACUUUCCUGAACUGGUUUUAACCUCCUGCUGAAUGUACCUUUUCUUUUUAAAUGAAACUAACUUUCUCUCCAGCUGUUGACGUGGGCAUCUAAGAUUCCGUUGCAGAAAUCAAACUGUCAGGUCUGGCUUCCUGGAAGCAAGGUUCUCUCUCAGCCGAUAAGAGAUCAACUGACCACUCAUCUUAUUUGAUGCCUGUGGGAUGUUGCUGUGUGUAAAUCAGCUGCUGUUCAGAACCACAUAACUUCAAUUCAAAAUAGCUCAUUGGCUGUGAAAUACUUCAGACUGUUCCGAGAGCAUGACAAAACACUAUGUAAAUGCAAGUAGAUAUGUGAAUAUAUUGUCUUUCAAGGUCAAUGAAUAAUGAGAUAAAAAAAAUUGUAUCAUGGAAAACCAAAUUAAAGAAUGAUUUACUUGA